CACGCGCACGCAGCAGAAAUGGAAACAGCGAAAGAAAAUACAUCAAAAAGCAGGAUUUUAGCAUAGUCGCUUGCGAUUGGGCGGUUAGUGGGCAGGCGUUCUUGAUUUUCCAGCAGAAGCAAAAUAGGUCCCCCCCCCGUCUUUAAUGUACAAAUAGAAAUCUAAAAACAAUAGCCGUCACAACAUUUCAUUUAAACUGGGAUUUCUAUACUUCGGAACGGCACCGUGCAACGCAACACACCAAUGUUUUGAAUGCAAAUUUGCGUUGGAUUGGGCUGUGAAGGUCGGAGGUGGUGGUUUUUACGAAGGAAUUUGGCUGGAAAUCCAAAUCAGACUGAUUUUCAUUCUCAACUAUUGCUUUUAUCAGUUCCAUCCUACCACAUUUUCCUUGGAAUCUUCAUUCUUGUCUCUUAUAUAGAGAGACAAAAGCCCAACCAAGCAGGCUCACACAACUCCGUGCAAGAUGGGAACUCCAGUCUAGAGACGACUUCAAAGCCAACAUAUUGUUGCAGUCCAUCUUUUAGGAGGAACUAUAUUAAUACAUCAAAGAUGAGCAAUUUGGAAGAAGCUGAACUACAACUUUCUGAAUUAGAUUUACUUUCUAGUAUGUUUCCUAAUGAAGAUGAUUUUAAGGUGACUGAUCAGUUGGCUUUAGCAGAACUGAAAGAUUAUGUUGGAAAAUGUACUUUAGAAGUGCCAUCUUCAAAAAUACAAUUCAUCCUAUAUUUAGAUGUAGAAACUCCUGAUGAAAACAAGGUACCGCUUUCUUUGUGCUGUGCAUUCCCAUUAAAAUAUCCAACUGUUCUUCCGGAAGUCACUAUCAGAUCUCCAGUGUUAAGCCGAUCACAGCAAGUUGAAAUGAACACAGAUCUCAUUACCUACUUGAAGAAACAUUGUGCUGGUGAUGUUUGCAUCUUAAAUGCAAGAGAAUGGGUUAAAGAGCAUGCUGUCAUGUAUAUCAACAAAGAACCCUUACCUUCCACUGUUAAGAAAUCAGAUAUUCAGAAAUCAGAAUGUAUUCUCACUAGACUCUGGAUUUACAGUCAUCAUAUUUAUAACAAACAAAAAAGAAAAAAUAUAAUUGAUUGGUCCAAGGAACUCUCUCUUUCUGGAUUCAGUAUGCCUGGAAAACCAGGUAUUAUUUGCAUAGAAGGCCCACAGAAGAUGUGUGAAGAAUUUUGGGCAAGAAUAAGAAGAUUAUCGUGGCAACGAAUUUUAAUCCGUCACAGAGAAGACAUUUCCAUAGAAGGGACUGAAACUGAAAUGGAAAAGCAAAAGAAGUUUAUGACUUUUGAAGAAAAAAUAUUUGAUGCACAUGGUGCCAGAGGAAAUCACAUGGAUUUGGGGCAAUUAUAUCAUUUUUUAAUUGAAAAGAGAUGUGGUGAAAUAUUUCAACUGUAUUUUGGAGUUGAAGGACAAUAGGUUAAGGGGAAAAAAAUUAAAUGUCUAAAGGAAGUAGUAGGCUUUUUUUCUCAAAACUGCUUUUAUUUUAAUAAUAGAAUUCUAAAACUUGUAUUAUUUUAUAUCUGAAAAAUUAGUGCUUAAGCUAUUUUGGUUUAAGGAGGUAUUUUUAAUAAAACAAUUUUUGAUAAAACAAUGCAGUUGGAACUGGAUGCCUGAAAUGUUAUUUGUCUUGGUACUUUAAGCACAGCAGGUUUUCUGUCUAUAUUAUCAACACCUCAUCACUGUUUCUACUUCAGAAAUAGCAAAUCUGUGCUUAGUCAGGGAUAGAAGAAAUGGCUAUGUGUCAGACUUUUGGGUUUCUUAGAUUACCUGUUUCUCAUCAUAUGGGCCUCCAGUAUAUGAUGGCUAAAAUUAAGCCUUUUGCCAGUUUUACAUUAAAAAUAUUUAGUACUUUU